CAUUUCAACUGACUUUUUUGUUGUUUGAAAUUUGAUUUUUGAACUUGAAGAGAACUAUAUAAAAAUGUAAUAAACAGUUGUAAUUCUCAUUGUUCACAUUUAUGAACUUUCAAAACACAUUUGGAAUGGUGAUUAAUUAUAAUUAGUAUGUUCAAAUAAUGUUGAAUCUCUUCUGAAAGUCAAUUCCAAGUAAAUUUUUGUUACGGUAACUGAAAUGGAGGUAUCUAAAGAUCCCAACUCAAAUAAACUGGAGGACUUUGAAGUUCUUGAAGUGAUCGGCUCUGGAUCUUUUGGAACAUGUUAUAAAGUUUGCAAUAAGUAUGAUAAAAUGAUUUACGUAUGCAAAGCUAUUGAUUAUGGUAAAAUGGAUGAGAAUCAGAAAGAGCUGUUAGUAUCCGAAGUGAACGUUUUGAGUGGUUUGAAACAUCCCAAUAUCGUUCAAUAUUACAGUAGAAUAAUACAUAAGAAGACAACCACUCUAUAUAUUAUAAUGGAGUAUUGCGAAGGCGGCGAUCUUGCUUCAAUUGUGGUUUCGUGCAAAAAGAAUAAGAAACCGAUUGAAGAAGGAUUCAUUUGGCAAGUUCUCUACCAGACGGGACGAGCCUUGCAGGCUUGCCACUCGCAUCUCAAGAAUGUUGUCGUCCUGCAUAGAGAUAUAAAACCGGCCAACGUUUUCCUCGACUCGGCAGGAAAUGUAAAACUUGGAGAUUUCGGACUAGCCCGAAUUCUACAAAAAGAUGAGUCAUGUGCUGAAACUGUUGUUGGAACGCCUUUUUACAUGAGUCCAGAAGUCCUAGGAGGUGGAAAGUAUAAUCGCAAAUCAGACAUCUGGGCUUUGGGUUGCCUCAUCUAUGAGCUUUGUGCCCUAUCGCCUCCGUUUGUUGCUUCAAGCUUCAAACUUCUCACCUCCAGUAUUAAGAAUGGAAGGUUUGACAGAAUACCGUCUUACUACUCAGACGACCUGCAGAAAAUGAUAAGUUUCAUGCUGAGUGUGGAUCACGAAUACCGUCCGACCAUUGAAAUGGUUCUGCACCAUCCGGCUGUGGUGGUGCGGGUGUCGCAGAGGUCGAUUGCCGCUGCCGCCGCCGCCGCCGCCAAGCUGCCAUCGAAGCGAUGCUCGCAACUGAGAGGUGAGAGUGACGAGGAAAUCAACGAGUUCAUCAAAUCCAUGUCGAUCUACGACCGCGAGCCUUUAUCGGUGAGCGAGAAGACGUUCAAAGAGAAGUGGAUGGUCAGACUGAAGGUGCUCAGGGAGAAAGAAUCGAACCUCAGGGCUCGCGAGGAGAGUUUGUCAGAGAAAGAAAGGUCGUUGUUGAAAAAAGAGAAACAGGUGUCUUUGAUGGAGCGUGUGGCCAAGGAGAAAAUAGCUCGCGCCGAAGUGUAUCUGAAGCAGUGCAAAGAGAAUAGACCUGCGUCCACUCUGACCUCUCGACAACACAGAAUGAAACCCAUCGAAGAAGCAGACACAUCGCUCAGUGCUGACCCAGGAGACACUAGUCUGGUUCCCACUUCGGCCAAAAUGGACCCCUUCACUGUAUUGAAGCCUACAUUUCACAGGUCAGCGUCAGAAAGGCGGCCCAAACACGUGCAUUUCAACAUCACCAAUAAUCAAUCGCAAAGGAAUCUCGCAACAGUUAAAAUUCCUGCCGGCAAGCCCAAUCCGCUUCAAGACAAAGUACCGCCUACCAAAAGGCAAGAGAGUGACAGCUAUAUGGAACAGAGGGCCGCCUGGUUGGAGCAAAAGAGAAAUUUUUAUCGUUCCAACGAGAAAGAGAAUUGCGCCGCAUCAGUCCUUCCCUCUUCUAGCAACAACGAUGAAACGAUGAAAAGAAAGCAAAGCAAGGGGUUAACAUCAAUAUUUUCUAGAAAAAGCUUGUUGAACUUGCGUUGAUCGUCAAUAAUUAUUGUAUUUGAGACUUACAUGAAAGCAAUAGAUAUUAUUCAAUUUCUAACACAAUUUUUCAUUUUAUCACUUUUGAACUUUUCAGGGUAAACAGAGAAAUCAUAAUAAAAUCCCUUAUAGAAUUAUAUCAAUUUUUUUAGGUGCUUCGUUACUUUUCGAGAAUGUACAAUAUAAACUGUACAUCUGAUGAGAUCAGAUAGUGUAAAACUCAAAUUCAUAAUCCUUUGAAAUGACUGUAAUGAUGUUUAGUGCUUACGACGCAAUCAAUCUAUGAUUGCCUGACCAUUUAUCCUAAAAUUGAUAAAAUCUAUUGCUUUCGUGAGUCAUUGCUGUUACAAUAGAAAUAAUUAUAUCUAGAAAAAAUAUCAGUAUUAAUUUAGAAUAUUGUCAUUAAUUUAAGAAUACUGUUGCCAUAAAUUGAUCAAAACUUAUCUUAGCUUUAAGUGUUUAAUGUUUAGAAUAAAGUCUAGUAAAAACGCUUCAUACCAUUUUGCAACUGAUGGUGCCAGGAAAUAAUGUUUGUUUCUCUUUCAUACUUGUCUAUUUUAGGCAAGAAGUACUUAAUUAAUACACUAGCAAUAAAGACUAGAUUUUCAGAACUUUCUCCAAUCUCUGUCAUUGUAUAUAAUGAGAUUCACAUUAAACUGUCGGGAUUGGUUGAAUGUGCAUUGGUUGAACAUUCAUGUUAUUAGUAUGUGAUACUGAUAUUUCAAAGUGAAAUCCUUCACUAUAUCCUCUCUAAAGUCUCUAUAAUUAACGCUGUUAACUUACUAAUGAAUUUGUUCGAUUAAAUAGAAUUCAAUCAA